CUUCCGCCCUCUGGGGGCGGGGCUAGCGCAGCUUCCGCCGGAGGCUGGGAACCCAUCCCGGGAGUGGAGAUUUGGCGGCCGCUACGUCGUCCUCCCGCUGCGACUGGCUCCCGCGUCUCUUUCGAUUUUCAAACCCGAUUCUUACAGGGUCUUAAAACCCCACUCCCUUUCCCACAUCCCAUUUCCAGCUGCAAUUACUGCAGACUCUGAACCCAGAAAAGGCCCCCAUUUGCCGCGCCCGUCCGCCCUGCCCGGGCUGGGGGAAGUUCUCGCCCAGCCUUCCGGCUUCGCUUUUCCCACUCUCCCUCCCGUCCCCCGGUCCUCCACCGACCGGAUUAUGGCCCAGAAGCCGAAGGUAGACCCCCACGUCGGGCGCCUGGGAUACCUGCAGGCGCUGGUCACGGAAUUCCAGGAGACAGAGAGCCAAGACGCCAAGGAGCAAGUCCUUGCCAACCUCGCCAACUUCGCCUAUGACCCCAACAAUUACCAGUAUCUGCGGCAGCUGCAAGUCCUGGACUUAUUUCUCGAUUCACUGUCGGAGGAGAAUGAGACCCUGGUGGAGUUUGCUAUUGACCUUCAUAACACUGAUUGAUGAAGUUUCCAGACCACGUCUGCAAAUGAGGAUCACUUGAGCCUGGGAGUUAGAGACCAGCCUAGGCAACAGUGAGACCCCAUCUCAAAACAAAAACUAAAACAACUACAAAAAACUAUUUUCCUGGUAAAUGUUUAUGGCUCCAGGGGCUAGAGUACAAAUGAAGGGAGUCACCCCUCCUCUUCUCACCAUGAAGGGACUCAGGCACAUGUGUGUGGCCAUCCCAGCUCUGUCAAACAACUGCCCCUUGGCCACUCCUUGGGCUUAGGAGUGCACACACCAACAGUGGAGCUCACUUCUGGGAGUCAGGAUCCAGGAGAGAGGCUCAUGGGAGCAGGGCUAGGGCCUGGAGCUCCAGGUGCAGGGGAAGUGGGUGGGCUUCGGGUGGACCCCUGGCCCUCCUCACCCUGUGGAGAGGGCGAGUGGAGCCCGCUAAAACUGGCCAGGCCAGGAGCCCUAGUUGCCCAGGUCUAAGAACAGUGCUAGCUAAUGUGUCUGGCCCCUUGGAAGAUCAUUAUGCCAAAUAAAUAUUCUAAAAAGUUGGUCUCUAAGAUGUGCUCUGAAGUCGGUCCUCCAUCCCCUCUUUUUUAUACCUCUGCUCCACAGCUGCUGCCAUAUGAAAGGGGACAGUGGCCCCUGCAGAAGCAUGUGGCUAAACUUCCACCUGGAAUGCUAGAGCUCCUCAAAAUUAAGCCACUAACCCUGGAGAACAAUUGCAUGAAGUCAAAAAUCAGUCAGCUAAGAAAAGUUUUUACUAAGUGGAGUCUGUUCUGCUGGCAUUCCCUCGGUAUGCGGGAGAAACCAUCCCCCAGUAGGAGCGCGCUGAGUUCGUAUCCUACUGAGCCAGAGGCUGUGGGGGAAGCUUGGGCCCGGCCUGGGCUCUUGCUCUCCUGGGCAGCUUCCCAGAGCGGGUGACCAAGCCCUGGUCCCACCUUCCACUUCUUAGCUGAUUCUGCGACCCCGUCCUUUCCCUUCUCUGUGCCUCAUUUUCUCACCUGUGCCUUGCCUCCCUCAGGGCUGUGUGGGAGCGGAAGUGUGUGCAUAUGUCUGUGUCUCUGUGCACAUAUUUUGACUAGAAUUGUUAGCAUUAUCAUCACCAGUUUUACUUUUCCCAGCCACUUUUUCCUACUGUUUUCCUCUUCCUUCUUCUGCCAGAGCAAGGUCCCCAGUCGCAAGCACAGUAGCUUUCUCAGCAUCGACUCCCUCCCUGGGAUCUCGUGCAGAUUAAAUUUCUCCUGUAUUUGUUGUGCAUCACUUAACAGGAGAGUCCCAGUGGUACUUACAAGCAUAUUUUGUUACUGCUGUCAUUUCCCUUUCUCUUAAUGUCUCUGUAGCUAAAUGGGAAACCCUGGCAGGCACUUACUCCACAAUAAAAGGCCCUGAGCUGUGCUCUGGAGCUUUGAGUCGUGGCAGCCCUGACACUGUGAUCUCCCUGAGGACAGGGCCUGCCUUGCUUAUCCCUGCAUGUCUUAGUGCCCAGGCCUGCGGUGGAGGUGGAAAGGGGAGGGAGGGCCAGGUAGACCUGAAGGGGGAAUUUUGGUCAUGAAUGGAAUCUUGGCCAUGACUUCGCACAGCCCUGAGCAGGCUUGGUUCUGGAAUAAUGGGCGGAGAGGAGAGCUGAGUCAGAUUGCCCAUGGCUAUGGCUCGCAGAACCAAAACCAGUGUCUUUUGGUAAGCAUCGCUAGUGAGUGAGUUGCAUUGCAUAAGAGCUGGGCUUUGGGAUCCGGCAGGCCUGGGUUCAAGUUCUUGCUCCACCACUUUCCAGCAGGGUGUGUGAUUUCCCACCUCCCAUCACCUGUCAGACGGGCAGCAUCAGUAGCUGCCUCGCAUCAGUUGAGAGAAUUAAGCAAUGGUGCUCUUUUAGGGUGUCUGCAGUCACAUCCUCGACUCAGGGACCUGGGACCCAGAUCCCUCUGAGGGUAAGCAGUUCCCCCUCCUCCCAGAGAGGCAAGGUGGAAUGGGAUGAUGUCCCAUCAAGGGAACCACAGAUCUGCUCCAGGGAUUCUUGCCUUCUGGAAAAACAUCACUGAAGGAUAGGAGGAAAUAGUAACAGGGUGUUUAUAACACCCACUUUCCACUAAGGAAUCUGAGGCUUAGGGAUGUUCAGCGGGCUGGUCAAAGGUUUAAAGAGUGCCAGGCCUGGGACAUCAGCCCAAAGUAGUCAGAUUCUAGAAGCUAUUCCCUUGAUAACUUUCCUGCCCUUAGAGGAGUUCCUAAUUCCUAGGGUUGUGGAAUGGAUGCUAGAAAGAAACUUAUUCCAGAUCCCUCAUUUUAGGCCAGGCACAAUGGCAAGAGGAUUGCUUGAGACCAGCCAGGGCAACAUAGUAAGACCCUG